CUUUUCGACUGACUUUUCCUUUUUGACUGGUAUACUAAUUUUAGUUUCGACUACAGCUGUUGCUCACAGGAGGAAGAUCAAAGAGACUCCUGCCCAAAAGAAUCCUGGGACAUCCCAAAGCGACAAACCCAGUGAAAGUGGCUCUCUCAAUCCUGAUAAAAAGCCUACGAGUUCGAAGCCCCCAACUGGUCCGAAACGGAAAGUUUCUUCGCCCGCUGCUUCAGAUGAUGGGGAUAAAUCUCCUCCUAACACUAGACAAGGACUUAGGAAAAGACAAAAAUCUGCUACUCCUUCGAAAAAAGGAAAGGGAGCGAGUCCCUCCAAAACUGCUUCUCCUACUGAUAAAGCGUCCUCUGAAGAUUCUCCUUUGAAAACAACUAGCAACAUACUUGUUGUCGAAAGUCACAAUUCAAGUCCAGAUAAUAUUCAAACCAAGGUCUUCCAGGUUUUUCGCAUACUAACUUGUGACUUUAUCUAGAUAAUGGGAUUAACUUUUCUACCUUGUUAUUGCAGGAUGAUGCUGGUACUGCUACUUCAGGUUUCAAAGAUCCUGGUCUUACCGUUGAUGUUCCCAAACUCUAUGGUAAUAAUAAUCUUUAGCUUUGUUGAUAAACUUGUUACAGGUUUAUUCUUAUGACUAACUCUGCUUUAUCUGACACAGAUACUUCUCGAGACAAAGCUCCCGCUCUUUCACCCGUGGUCGAAGAUGCUCAGCCCAUCAACACUAUGCUGCCUGAUGAACCCGUUGAAGAAAGUCAUUCUACUGAUGAGUCUCCAGCUACCCAUCAAGACAAAAGUUUGGAAGGCGAAGAUCACGCCCUCUCAGGUAGUGACAAUGUGAAUCUGCAUCCUCAUCACAGUGACGACACCGUGUCUGAAUCAGAUGCUACGGAGGAAACUUCCAAACUAGAAAAGCAAAAUUUUCAAGAAGCUUCGACUCUUGACACAAAAGCUGAUCCUGGGACCACUUCAAUGCCUGCCCCUACGCCUUCGGAGCUAGAACAAUUAAAGCAUGCUGAUCCUCUUAGUUUCUUGAAGAUUAUCAUGAAUGUGGAUGCUUCUUCGUCUCCAAGUCCUGACGCUAUUCCAGUUGCGACUGUGGAGUCUGGCAAACAAGAAGACACUUCUAGCGUGCUUCGACAAAUCAAAGAGCGGUUCUUCGAUGUCAAUCUUGUGGAUCUCCUCAUUCGGGAUCCUCUUAAGAGUCAUGGUUUACAUCAACUUUUGAGAAAAGUAGAUUUACUUCAAGUCUCCACAACAGUCUCAGAUGUACUUGUUCUGUUAGGCUCCUUGGUUGAGCAACUUCAAGCUGAUAUCCUUCGAAAACGAAAUAUCGAAAGAGAGUUAUCUGAAGCAAUAGCCUCCCGUGAUUCUUCAUGGAAUUCUGCAGUAGAUGCAACCCAACGAGGCGAGGUCCUCAAACUUAAGCAAUCAGAAGACCAGAAGGCCUUUGAUGAUCAUGUGUCACCUCGGAAGAAUGACAAGUCAACAUUGUCCGCCAGCUCUGAAAUGCCGAAGUCGUUGCCGCAUGUUGACUUUGGCGACUUAAACAGCCGCUUCUAUAAGGAAGCCGAAGACCGACUUAAGACAAAGAACUCUUUAUUAGCGGCUGUCAAGGAUCCCUUGCGCCAUAUUCCUGAUGGCAACUUUGAGUAG